AUGGGGAAACCCCCCGCAGCCAUCAUCGUUGCGCGACAUGGUGCCCGCUUGGAUGCCGCUGACAAGGAUUGGCACCUGACCUCCCCCACGCCUUAUGACCCUCCCCUCUCCUAUGGCGGUUGGAUGCAGUCCCGGGCGCUCGGGGCCCGCAUCGUGAACCUUGUCCAUUCCAUGGAAUCCGACCCCCAGCCACCACGUGCCCGUCCCCUCAACCGCAAGUUCCGCAUCGUGAUCCACUCCUCUCCCUAUCUGCGUUGCCUGCAGACCGCCAUCGCUCUGAGCUCGGGAAUCUGCCAAAACUCUCCCGCCGGAGAUUCCCCCCAGCGCCCGUCGCCGGCCCCGCAGUCCGGUCCCGUCAACGGAUGCCUCUCGCCGACCCCGACAGACAGCGGCUCUCGCUGUGUCUUGCGCGUCGACGCCUGUCUGGGGGAGUGGCUGUGUCCCGAUUACUUCGAUCACAUCGUGCCCCCUCCCUCGUCCGAGCGCAUGGUCACCGCCGCCAAGGCCGAGCUCCUGCGCCGCGAACACCAGUUCGUCCCGGACGCCGACAUCAACGCCCGACCCACCACCGGCCACUUUCCCGGCGGUUGGACCGACCGCGUCAGUCCCACGACCUCCGCGCCCCCCGCGGAUGGCAGAUUCGCCCAAGGAGAACCCGCGACAACCCCCGCGCCGUCGCAAGCCCCCCGACAGCGUGCGGAGAGCGUGGGAACGUCGUUGUCGUCGGAGGAUUCCCCUGGCCAUCGACGGUGGCUCACGAUCAAUACCGAUCUCGCCCCCAUCCCCGACAGCGCCUACGUGCCGCCGACCCCCAGCUAUGCCAUCUCCCCCUCGGGGCCCAUUCCGCCCGGGUACGUCACCCAUGCCCGCGACGCAUGCGUCCAGGUGGACUACCCGUGGGAUAGCAUGCGCAACUCCCAAAAUUGGGGCGACGGCGGCGAAUUUGGCGAGGACUGGAGCGCGAUGCACGCGCGGUUCCGGGGGUCGCUGGAACACAUAAAUGCCUGGUAUCGCGACCACGAACGGCCCGCGCCCCGCGCCCCGCGUCGGCGCCGCACGCAACUGCCCGGCGACGCGGAGGACGGCACGGUUGAGGAGGAGGUGGAGACCGUCGUCGUCCUCGUGACGCAUGGCGCCGGAUGCAACGCGCUGGUGGGCGCCCUGUCGGGUCAGCCGGCCCUGGUGGACAUUGGGACGGCGUCGCUGACCAUGGCGGUGCGCGAGGAUCGCGACAGAGCCAGCGGGGCGGGCGACGCUCGGAGCUCGUGGGGACUGGACGACUAUAACCUGGAGCUGGUCGCCUCCACCGACCACCUCCGGUCGGCGCCCCCCUCCGCCUCGGUUCUGUCCUCGCCUACCAGCGUCGUCGCGCCGUCCGGUCGCUUCCGAUCGGCGUCGCGGACCUCCCCACCGCCCAAGCCGUUUGUCGUGGGGCCCACGGCGACGUCGGGUUUGGGGUCGACCUCGCGCCCGUGGUCUCUGGACCGACCGUCCACGGCGCCCCGCGGGGGGUCGUCCGGUCUGUGGGGCUCGAUGGCAGCGACCGCCCGGGAGGAGGAUGACCUGUUUCCGAAUUUCGGGGGCGCGUUUUCGGGCUCGUCCCUCACCCUCGGUGGCCCCCGGGUGAUCGCCCCGGUGGCCGAGGAGGAAUCGGCCAAGCCCAAACAGCUGCCGCAGCGGACGUUGUCCCAGCGGGGGUUGUGGGGCGGUGCGCCUCUGAAUAAGGACAUGGCUGUCAAGCGACGCUGGACCGUGACCGAGCGGCGAGCGUGA